UAAGGUGAGUUCUGUAGCAGAGCAGUACGGAAAGAACCUUUACAACAGUACGGAAAGGCUUGUUCUGGUAGCAGCACAUGGAGGACUUUUGUAGCAGUACAGUAGUCAACUUGGUAAUUUAACACUGUCUCCAACGGUAAUAUUGAUAAAACCUAUUAGUUUUUACAAAAGAUCCCAAAGAGCUGCCCACUGCCACAGGCCCACAGUCCUCUUCCUUCAGAAUUUCAAAACGCAGCUUUUAGCUAAAGUUGCUUUUAAAAUCUAACCAUUUUUUUGGGUUUCAAAAAGCGUUUUUUGACUUCUGAAAUUGCAAACAAACGGGCACAUUAUCAUGGAUAUGCAUACAAAGAGAAGAGACUUCAUGGUGACUGUGAUCAAGAAAGAGGUGGUGGUGGCAGCAGAAUUUCCAAAUCAAGAGCAUUGGUUACCACUAUCUAAUCUAGACAUGUGUCUUGUGCCUCCAUUGGAUUUUACUCUCUACUUUUGUUAUACGAAGCCAACCUGUGGAGACAACUGGACAUUUGUGUCAAAGGUUGAAGUUCUAAAGAAGGCAUUGGCAAAAGCUUUGGUUCCAUACUACGCUCUUGCUGGCGAGAUAGUUCCAAACUCUGUGGGUGAACCUGAGAUUCUUUGCAACAACCGUGGGGUAGACUUCAUUGAAGGUUUUGCAGAUAUAGAACUUCAAAACCUCAACUUGUAUAGAGCUGAUGAGACCAUUGGCUGCAAACUUGGACCCAAGAAGAAGAAUGGCAUGCUGGCUGUUCAGGCUACUGAGUUCAAAUGUGGUGGACUUAUGGUGGCAUGCACUUUUGGCCAUAAAAUAAUGGACGGAUAUUCGGCCAGCAUGUUUGUUAUCUCAUGGGCCGAGAUUGCUCAAUCUAAACCUCUCUCUUCACUACCAACAUUCUGCCGAUCAUUGCUCAAUCCUCGAAUCCCCGGUUCCUUUGAUUCUUCGCUUGAAAACUUGUACAUCCCUAUCACAUCGUUCCACUCAAUCAAAGAGCCAAACCUGGGUGGCAAUAACUUUGUUAGCCGCACGUACAUUGUCAAAGCCAACAUUAUAAACCAAAUCCAAUCACUAGCAAGCACCAAUGAAUGCAAAAGGACUAAAGUUGAGUGUUUCAGUGCAUUCCUAUGGAAAAUUAUUGCCAAACGUGGUACGGCUGACAAAAAUAUAUCCAAACUGGGCCUUCUUGUUGAUGGAAGGACAAGAAUUGGCCGUGGAGACGAAGAGAAAACAAAGAUGUUGGCUUCUUACUUUGGAAACCUGUGGUCCCUUCCUUAUGGAAGCAAGACCGUAGAUGAUCUUAUUGACAAACCAUUGAGUUGGGUAGCAAAUGAAGUUCAUGGAAUUGGGGAAAGUGCAAUGACGUCUGAGCAUUUCUUGGGUUUGUUAGAUUGGGCGGCGGCUCAUCGUUCAGUUCCCAGUUUGCCAAAGAUAUAUGCCUAUGGGAGCAGAGAAGGUCCAGCUCUUGUGGUUUCAUCUCUUUUGAGGCUUCCAUUUUCAAAGGUGCAGUUUGGAUGGGGAAGACCAACAUGUGUGUCAUGCUAUUUCCCAUGGGGUGGAGAUGCUGGGUAUGUGCUGCCAAUUCAAAGCCCUUCUGGAAAUGGCGAUUGGGUCGUGUACAUGUACAUCUUGAAAGAGGAAUUGGAAUUGAUCGAACGUGAAGCUGGUCAUAUGUUUAGGCCUUUGACUUUGGGAUACUUCAAUGAAUUUGAACAAGAACCUCUCGUUAGAUCAAAAAUGUGACUGUUUGAUCAUGUUCACUAGUUAUAGUAUAUUAUGCAAACGUGUCAGGUAUUGAUUUAGAAUAAGUUUAUGCAUUUAUACAACUAUAUAUGAUUAGGAAUAAAAACCAACCUAAAUGAUAAUAAAAAAAAAAGACCAUGAAUGUUAUAUUAUGUUCA